GUGGUAGAUUGGAGAGGUAACGAUUGGUUCAAAGGUUCUAAAAUACCAGCUGCUCAUCUAAAUUCAAGAUUCUGUACUCCAGCCAAACAAUGUCCCAUUAUUGAUCCUUCUUGGGAAGAUCCAGCUGGGGUCCCGAUCGAUGCUAUACUAUUCGGAGGACGAAGACCCGAAGGUGUACCUUUGGUUUAUCAAGCUCGAAACUGGCAACAUGGUGUUUUUAUCGGUGCUGCAAUGAGAUCUGAGGCUACAGCCGCCGCUGAACACAAGGGUAAGGUAAUUAUGCACGAUCCGUUUGCCAUGAGACCCUUCUUUGGUUAUAAUUUUGGACAUUAUCUCGCACACUGGUUAAGUAUGGCACACGUGAAGAAUGCCAAAUUGCCAGCGAUAUUUCACGUAAAUUGGUUUCGGAAAGAUUUGGACGAAAAAUUUUUAUGGCCAGGAUUUGGUGAAAAUUCACGUGUUCUCGAUUGGAUUCUUCGAAGGAUCGAUGGCGAAGAUAUUGCCGAGGACUCAGCUAUUGGCUUAUUGCCGAAACCAGGAUCUAUCAAUUUGGAAAAUCUCAAAGAUGACGUGAACAUGACGGAAUUAUUUAGAUUACCGAAAACGUUUUGGCAAAAGGAAGUCAAAGAUUUGAAGGAAUAUUUUGACGCUCAAGUGGGAAAUGAUUUACCCGAAGCUAUUGCAAUGGAACUCAUUCGACUCUCUGAUAACAUUAAUAAUCUUUAAUUUCCUUAUUUUAUAAUUAUAUAUUAAAUCUACUUAUGUUCUUCAAGUAUUCGCAGCUUUAAUAUAAAAUUACAAUAGUAAUACAAUUAUGAUAUUGAUACAAAAUUAUGUAAUAAGACUUUAUCGACAUAAUAACAAUCUUAAAAAUAGAAAAGUUUUGUUUGAUGUGCUACAUUGUUACAUUGUAUAACACAAGAUUUUACACAAUAAUUUUAUAUUAAAGUGUAGAAAGAAAAUUAUAAAGGAUUGUAUAAAAAAUAGGA